AUGGCACGAAAAGGAAAUCCAAUUUCGGUAAGACUUGGUCUGAAUCGUAGUUCAGAUUCAAGUCGGUUCAGUGAGGGCGACCGCGAAAGUCACCGAAGGGGAUACCAGGCCGAGAAAGCCGGGCAACCACUCCCCUAUGUGCCAAUCGCUAGUGCAGCCAGGGCCCCGGCGCCCAGCUCCGCUGGAGAGGCCUCGCCUGAUCUGAGAAGUGCUAAUUCGGUUCGGAUAGACUUCAUUCAAGAACGCCGCCGCCCCUGGAAUAAGAAAACAAGUGCUAAGUUUCAGAUCAGUGAAUAA